GUGGGGGAGAUGAAAAUGACUUCCAUUAUGGGUGUUCGGGACACUACAAAAACAGAUGAAUCCAGCAGAAUAGCAUCAGUCGAUCGAUCCGAUCCAAAGUCCAACGACAAUAUGAGAGGAGUCUUCAACAUAGUGUGCGUGUUCGGUCUGUGCGCCUACGCAUUGGCGUCGGAAAACGCUGCAGAAAAAUCAGCUGACAAAGCUGCCACCACUGCAGCAACCACCGAAGACAGUAAAAGCCAAGGCAAGAGAGGCAUUUUCGACACCGGCUAUGGAUACGGCUCCGGCGGUUUCGGCCACGAGCUGAGCAGCGGUCACAGCUUCCACCACGAACCACAAUUACUGUCCAAGACCGUCAUCAAGGAGGUCGCCCAACCGUACCCGGUCGAGGUCGAGAAACACGUACCGUACCCGGUAAAGGUAGAAGUACCCGUUGACCGCCCUUACCCGGUGCAUGUGCCCAAGCCUUAUCCAGUGCACGUCGACAAGCCCGUACCGUACGAGGUCAAAGUUAAGGUACCGCAACCGUACACCGUCUACAAACACGUCCCUUAUGAAGUCAAGGUACCCGUCGACAAACCGUACACCGUCCACGUUCCCAAGCCUUACACCGUUUACGUGGAGAAGCGCGUCCCAUACGAGGUCACCAAGCACGUACCAUAUGAAGUCAAGGUACCAGUCGACAAGCCUUACACCGUUCACGUACCAGUCGAGAAACACGUUCCUUACACUGUAGAAAAGCACGUGCCCUACCCUGUCAAAGUGCCAGUGGACCGCCCGUACCCGGUGACAGUCGAGAAGCACGUUCCGUAUCCCGUCGACAAACCAGUGCCGUACACGGUCGAGAAAGCAGUACCGUACCCUGUCAAGUUCCCAGUCAAAGUCGAAGUCCCUGUGCCAUACGAAGUGCCACACCACCACCAUUACGAUGAACACUCAUACAGCGAACACUCGUUCGGCGAACACGGAAGCCACAGCUAUUAACAAUGUCUCAACAAGUAUCAACGAGGAUCCGAGUUGUCAUUUUGUAAAAUGUAAUAUAAUAAUAUAACGCAAACGGAUUGAUUUAACCAUUGUACCUGUCCAUGUCUACGUGUGUAUAUAAUAAUAUAUUAUUAUGUAUAUAUUUCGUAGAAUAAAAACUAUUUUUUUUUUUACCUUA